AUGACCGCCAAAGUAAAACGAGUCUUUAGCCCACCGAAUUCUUUGGCGGAGAGGCUGGCAGAGCCCCUCCCCGGUCCUGCCACUCCUCGCAAACUCCCGGAUUCACCCCUCGCCCUCGCUGCCCAAGUGCCUUUCAUUGGGUCGGCCGCUUAUGCGAGGAUGCCCGUGGAUAACAACGGGAAGAGCCACCGGGAUGGCGGCAUUACCUUCGCUGCUCAGGACAAGCUUCCCAAGCUUCCCAUCCCUGACCUCUCGAGUACCUGCGACAGAUACUUGGAAGCCUUGCGGCCGCUUCAAACACCUAGGGAACGAGCAGAAACGGAACAUGCUGUGAGAGACUUUCUCACAACCGACGGGCCAGAACUGCAGGAGAAGCUACAGCGAUACGCACAGGGUAAAACGAGUUACAUCGAGCAAUUUUGGUACGACUCAUAUCUCAACUUCGACAAUCCUGUGGUGCUCAACUUGAACCCCUUCUUCCUUCUUGAAGAUGAUCCGACACCGGCACGCAACAAUCAAGUCACUCGUGCCGCGUCCCUAGUCGUGUCGGCUCUUGAAUUCAUCCGAGCAGUCCGCAAGGAGGAGCUCCCACCGGAUACAAUUAAAGGGAAACCCCUAUGCAUGUAUCAAUUCUCACGGCUUUUUGGGACGGCCCGAGUACCGACCGAAAAUGGGUGCCAAAUUGUGCAGGAUCCCGAGGCUAAACAUAUUGUGGUCAUUUGCCACGGCCAGAUUUACUGGUUUGAUGUUCUCGAUGACAACUCGGACGUAAUCAUGACAGAGAAAGACAUCGCCAUCAACUUGCAAACUAUCACAGAAGAUGCUGCACAAACUCCCAUUCAGGAGGCUGCCAAGGGAGCAUUGGGCGUGCUCAGUACCGAGAACCGCAAAAUCUGGUCAGGUCUGAGAGAUGUCCUGACCAAUGAUCAUGGGUCAAACAAUGCCGAUUGUCUGAACAUUGUAGACUCGGCUUUGUUUGCCCUCUGUCUAGACUACACAGAGCCUCCUGACGUCGCUGCCCUGUGUCAGAACAUGCUGUGCGGCACUAGUGAAGUGAAGAACGGUGUGCAGAUUGGUACUUGCACCAACCGCUGGUACGACAAGUUGCAAAUCAUUGUGUGUAAGAAUGGAAGCGCAGGUAUCAACUUCGAACAUACUGGGGUCGAUGGUCACACAGUUCUACGAUUUGCCAGCGACGUAUACACAGAUACCAUUCUAAGAUUUGCCCGCACCAUUAAUGGGCAAGCUCCCACGCUUUGGACAUCAACUAGUCCCGAUCCAUCCAAAAGACACCCUGAAAGCUUCGGCGAUGUCAACACCACUCCUCGCAAAUUAGAGUGGGAUAUGAUUCCAGAGUUGAGCAUUGCCGUGCGUUUCGCCGAGACGAGGCUAGCAGAUCUCAUUGAACAGAACGAAUUCCAGUGCCUCGAUUUCAGCUGUUAUGGCAAGAACUUCAUCACCUCUAUGGGAUUCUCACCAGAUGCAUUUGUCCAAAUGGCCUUCCAAGCAGCUUACUAUGGUCUCUACGGCCGGGUUGAGUGCACCUACGAACCAGCAAUGACCAAAUUCUAUCUUCACGGUCGAACAGAAGCAGUUCGAACUGUUUCUCAAGAUUCAGUAAACUUCGUACAGACCUUCUGGGCCGACAAUCCUAUCGAAACAAAAAUUGAAGCUUUGAAAAAUGCUUGCCAGAAACACGUCAGCCGCACAAGAGAGUGCCUCAAAGCCGAAGGGUGCGAUCGCCACUUAUAUGCCCUCUUUUGUGUAUGGCAGAAGCUUGUCAAUGACGAAAUCGAGAGUGGUGUAAGCAGUAUGGGUCAAUCCAGCCCAACAGACGGCUUUUCACCUGUUGGGAGCCCUGGGGUAGACUCGUCGGGAUCGACGGAUCAAGUCGUCGAAGUCAAAUCUAGCAGGGAGCGUGGCAAUAGCACAAACUCCAGAUCACGAGACGCUCACCCGUUGCCCUUCAUUUUCGCUGACGGCGGUUGGGACAAAUUGAACACCACUGUUCUGUCAACGUCAAACUGCGGCAACCCUUCCCUUCGUCAAUUUGGCUUUGGUCCAACUUCCGGCGACGGAUUUGGAAUCGGAUACAUAAUCAAAGACGACAGUAUCUCCAUUUGUGUAUCCAGCAAGCACCGCCAGACGAAGCGCUUUGUUGACACCUUGGAAAGCUACCUCCUAGAAAUCAGGCGCAUUCUGAGAAUCACGAUCCGCAAGAGCUCAACGGCGAAGUCCAGUCGUGCACGAGAAGCAGAAGAUGCUGGACCAAAGCAGAUGAGCAGACUCAAGUCGCGCGGAAGACCGAUUGCUACUGACAGCGCGGCAAGGGGUCCCUUCAAACCAGAAUCGGUGAGUCAAACAGAGGAGAGUGCCAUUGGCAGCGAUGAUGACGAGUUGGGCGGAUACGGCUUUUUUGAUGCCGGCAUGCUAUUGCAAGCUUUAAAGGCGAGAGACAGGGCGGCGGAUCCGGCAGACAGCGCGAAGGCAUCGGAGAGGGCAGCAGUUCAAGCAAGGAGGCGGCGGGAUGUAGGUAAGAAGCUGAGAUUGACGACAGAGUAG